AUUUCUUCGUCAAUAGUGCGCGUGCGCAGUUCUGUGACUGAAGUGACAACAUGCGGUCGCAUGCGUUGAAGAUCGCGGCCUGCGCCAUAUUUCUCGCAGGCUACUCAUAUGGUCAAAGUUUACCUACACGUGUGACUCAAAAUGAAGGAACAACUUUGAGAAUGGCUGUUUUGACGUUUAGUGAUGAGGUAGAAAAAUGUUACUUGGAAACCCCACAAGGCAUGGUGGUUGAAUUCACACCAAAAGAUGAAUCAAACGAUAAAUAUGAAAAAUCACAAGGAGACGAUAUAUCCAAUUGCCGUGUUAAUUUGAACGAUAUUGACAUAAAUGAUAACGGAAUCUGGACGAUUGUUGCAGUUUUAACAACUGGAUCAAAACAAUCACAGUCUUACAAUCUCAGUGUUAUUCCUCAUCCAGACGAUUCUGGUGAAAGCACAACAACAACAACAGCAGUGGAUACUCUUGCACCCAGUACUCCCGUAAUAGAAAAUUUGCCACAUAAGUACUUUGAUAGUAAUUUGGGCACAAGUCACACUGUUUUCAUUAGAGACUACGACUUCGUGACCAGUGAAAAAUGUUUUGUAAUAACGCCUUCCGGAACAAAGUAUAACUUACAAGGAUUAAAUUUACCUAAUGUUGAAGUUAUUAAUCAUAGAGAUGCUACCUGUGCUAUAAAGAUUACUGUAAAUUCUGAAGACUUUGUUGGAAAUUGGACAUUGAUCGAUGAGGGCUCCAGGUACUCUGAUGAUAUUAUAAGGAGACAACCAUUUACAAUUCGGGUUGAAGAAACUGUUGAUGCGUCUAUACGAGACGUUAUUGUAGUUGAAGGAAAUGAUUUCUACGUACGAUUGAGGAAUCCAAUACAUAAUCAUGAUACUUGCAGACUUUUAAGACCUGAUGGAAAAGAAUGUGAUACAUAUGAAAUUGAUGAACGAUAUAUUGAAAACUGUGGUUAUGUUGUUAGAAAUGUAAAUAAAACUGAUAGUGGAAAUUGGGAAAUCAUUUACGGAGAUAACAUAAUUUAUAGGGCACCAAUAAAUGUAACAGUCAAUGUUGCUACGUCUGAAGGAUCGUCAAAUCUUAUAUGGACUAGAGAUAAACCAGUUAAUGUUACUCUUGGAGCUGGAAAUGCAAUUUACUGCAGACUAAGGAAUCCAGAAGGCUCAAUAGCUUAUGAUGGAUUUGGUAGUUGUAGAGUUGUUAUUGACAGAGUUACGUAUGACCAUGAUGGUAUUUGGAAAAUGAGCGUAGGCUUGCCCGGUCGAGUCCUCACUGAAAAUUCUGAGAUUACUGUUACAGUCGUUGAGGCUGAUUCAAAGCCGUUAGUAGAGUCGAAAGUGAGGGUAAACAAACCUUUCGUCUCUCUAAAAUGUAAAGUCUGGAGUCCACAUCCAAUUCGAUCUUGUAAAUUCCGUGAUCCAUCUGGUCGUAUACUGUUAGCUAACGAAGGUAUCGGAGAAAGCAGGUACAGCUUCCACGGGGCUGGCGUUAUCUACGAGUCUGAUGUUCAUACACAUGAUUGCGGCUUACAAAUCAAAGAUCCCGUCGUCCAAGAUUUAGGUCUUUGGCGCUGUGCUGUAGAAACCGAAGAGGAAACCUAUUAUGGAUUUUUACGUGUCUUAUGCCCUUGGGUUAUGAGAGAUCCUGAAGUAGCAGCUACUAUUGUAAUGCAUCCAACACUGACAGCAGAAAGGGUUGAGGUCAGCACUUUUGUUGAUGAAAGCGUCACUAUGUCAUGCUCAAUCCAAUCCCCCAUUCGCUACUGCUACUUCCGAGCAAGGAAUGGCACUACAUUCAACGUUGGACCCGCCCAACAGCACGACCAAGCUACAUACGUUGGAGCUGGUUUCGAUGCUGGGGAGUGUGGCAUUAAGUUCCCAAGCCUGGCUGUAUCUGACUCAGGCCUCUGGAGCUGCCAUAUCGGAACUAUAAACGACCAAGGAGAGAAGCGAGUACAAAUCAAUGUUGCGGUGCAUGAUCCGAUGGUGGCUGAUCAACGUGUAGUAUUCGAUCAACUGAUUGUGGAAGCCCAAGUCCACUACAGCUACAGUGUACUCGACUACUGCCGAUUUGUGCGCAUUGACGGCUUAGGUUUUACGUCUGAGAAUACUCCUCCCGGCUACAUCGAUUUAUCAAAUCUACAACAAGGAAGAUGUGCAUUCAGGAUUGACUACCCAUCUGUACUUGAAAAGCAUCCCUGGACUGUAGUAGCCAAGGUUCAUGGACAGGAAGUUGAAUUAUCAAGAGUGACCUCGAGUACCUUAGAAAAUCCCCGUCCACCGCCUGGAGGCUCAGUAAAAUACUAUCGUCUUCCAGUCGCAUGGAUCGUAAUAAUGGCAGUCGGUUUGUCUAUGGUGCUGCUGGCGAUCGGACCGAAGAGGAACAGACAUUGGACCUACGACCGAGCCAGCGCUAUCAGAAAUAGUUUUAUCAAAAAAAAGGUUGAACAGCAUGUUCAGCCUAAUAACAAUGAUAAUAAUACAGCAGUCGCUGCUUGAUAUCAAAGAAAAAAUAUAAUUAUUAUGUAUUUUAGUCAUAUUAAUAAUAACACUAAUAUUAUAUUUUUUUUUCUGCCGUAAAUCGCAUUGAAUCCAAACGAAUUGAGUUUUGUAUAAUAAUUAGGUACUAGAUUAUUCAUAAAUGGGGUAUAUUUAACAAUAUUUGUUUAAAGUUUUUAUAAGUUUAUCACGUUACUAAAUAUAAUAAAUAUUUUACUUGAGAACGUAUACUUAAUUUAUUGUUAUUGUAUAUUUAUGUAUAAAAUUAAAUAUAGAAUUUUUAUAUUUUUCGAUAGAUUCGAGUUAAUUUAAGUCUAUUUUAUAGAAUAUAGUUUUAUAUUUAUUGGCUA